ACGCUGCACCAGCAGUUUGAAAGUUAUAAGGAGCAGGUGCGUCGCAUCGGCGUGGAGACGCGGCGCCAGCAGCAGGGCCAGCACAAGGACGACGCCCCCACCUGCGGCAUCUGCCGCAAGACCAAGUUCGCCGAUGGCUGCGGACACCACUGCUCCUACUGCCAGACCAAAUUCUGUGCCCGCUGCGGCGGACGCGUCUCCCUGCGCUCCAACAACGUGAGAAACCAUUAAAACUCCCUGCCUCCACCUCUUCUCCUUCCUCCACCCCUUCCUCCAUCUUCAUUACCCCCCCCUCAUCCCUUCCCUUCGUUCAUUUGUUUUGUCAAGAUGGCUGCUUUUAUGUUGUCUGUGUUGGCGGCUGGGGCUCUGUCACACUUUGGUUGGUCAAAGUGUAUUGGAGUUGUUGUUGGAGCUUCAAUCCAUCCUCAGGUGUGUCACAGUUUAGCAAAAUAGCGACCCUGUAAAAGUAACCCUAGUAGUACCUAACAUGUAGUGCUUUAUACAGAAUGGACAAAGCUGCCGACCAGAAUCACCAUUCAGCAUUUACAGUAUCGGCACAUACACUGCAGUUCCGCUCAAUAUCCCUGUAAAUAAGACAGUCACACUCCCUAGAGCCAGAACCUUGUGAAUGAAACAGCUUUGAUUCUAGUUUACAUAGUAAUUCUAGUUCCCCAGUGCCAGAGGAAGCGUGCAGUAUGACAUGCGGUGGCUUCCAUACUCACCACAUGUGGGCGUUAUUUUAAGCCCAAGUCCCGCUCCACCCCAUGCCAUCUGGGCCCCUCUCCAUCUCCUGUCCAGCCCAAGAGAGAGGCCCCCUCCUGGGUAUCUUACCUGACUGUGGGCCCUUGUCCCUGGGCCUGCUGGGCACCAAUCUGUCCCAGAUCCGCUAGGCCCAGCUGGAACCCAGACUCACACAGGGAGCAGACCUGGACACAGGAUCAAGCUUUGGCCCAGGCUGUGGACUUAUUAUGGGAUAAUUCCAUGAAAUUAAUAAUUGCAUUUAAUGUGGAUUAUGGAUAAUGAUUACCGACCACUAGUAGUGCUGACUCUAUUAGAAAUGCCAUCAAUAUGGAACUAAUACUAUAGUGAAAAAAUCGGGCUACGAACUCAAAUCAAUAGUAAAGUAUGCCCGGAAUUAGUUUGAGCAUUAUUGCAGUUUAUUUCAAAGGUAUUUUGAAGUAACGUCUCUCACUGGGCAGAGAAAAGUCAGAAUUAGUUAGGAUUUCUGUGUAGGUUUGAGUCAGUAUUAGUGUGUGUGUGUCUGUGUAUCAGUGUGUGAGUCAGUUUUUAUGGUGUAUUUAUGGGUAUUUUUGUGUAGGCUGUACUCUAUUAUGUGUGUAAGGGUAAUUUUGUGUAGGCUGUAGUCUUAUGUGUGUAAGGGUAAUUUUGUGUAGGCUGUAGUCUUAUGUGUGUAUUACAACUUAUGUGUGUAGACAGUGUAGACUGGAGAGAUGUGUUCUGACCGGCACUCUCUCAAGUGGUACUUCCUUCCUGGAUCCCCCAUCCUACUCUCCCCUCUCUCCCUCUAUCUCCAGUCAAGCAGAAUAACAGGAUUAGUUGAAAUUGUAAACUUUGUUUUAUUACAUAAAACUCUCCCCCCUAUUCAUGUUUACCUGUUUAGUACAACACGUCGGUGUACCUCACGUCAAAUACAAGCCCACUCUUUGUAUGAGCAGCACUUCAUGCAUCUCUCCAGUGCUGAGUCUAUCAAAAUAUACAUUUGUUUGACAGGGCGGAUACUAAGCAAGUUUCCUUACAUUAUUUCAGUUGGUGUAACUCAUGUCAAAAAGGGCCACUCUUUGCAUUACUUAAAGAUGCGCUCUCAAACCUUUGUAUAAUUUCAGCCAAUAGUUUUGAAAGUGGUACUCACGAGCCAAAACGGGUCCCCGUUUUUUGUGUACUACGUCAUCCAAUUGUGUACUAAGUCAUCCAAUUGUGUACUACAUCAUCCAUUUCGUGUGAUAUGUUAUGAAUCUUGCAAUUCGUAUGAUAUCAUACGAAUUUAGCAAUUUAUGUGAUAUGUUACAAAUCCAAUUCAUGCAAUAUGUUACGAAUUUGUUGUGAUUAAGAUCCCAGAGAGCAUUUUUAAGUUAGCGGUAGCUUUAAUGUAUUUUCCCAGCCCUGCGAGUCAAAAUUAUAUGAAUCUAUCAAACUAUAAAUUGGUUCUACAGGACUGAUGUUCAGUAAGUUAUAAGGAAGAUACACUAUAUAUACAAAAGUAUGUUGACACCCCUUCAAAUUAGUGGAUUCUGCUAUUUCAGCCACACCCGUUGCUGACAGGUGUAUAAAAUCGAGCACACAGCCGUGCAAUCUCCGUAGACAAACAUUGGCUGUAGAAUGGCCUUAAUUAAGAGCUUAUUGACUUUCAAUGUGGCACCGUCAUAGGAUGCCACCUUUCCAACAAGUCAGUUCGUCAAAUUUCUGCCCUGCUAGAGCUUCCACGGUCAACUGUAACUUCUGUUAUUGUAAAGUGGAAACGUCUAGGAGCAACAACGUCUCAGCCACGAAGUGGUAGGCCACACAAGCUCACAGAAUGGGACCACCGAGUACUGGAGCGUGCAGCGCGUCGGUUGCAACACUCACUACCGAGUUCCAAACUGCCUCUGGAAGCAACGUCAGCACAAUAACUGUUCCUCGGGAGAUUCAUGAAAUGGAUUUCCAUGGCCGAGCAGCCACACACAAGCCUAAGAUCACUAUGUCCAAUGCCAAGCGUCGGCUGGAGUGCUGUAAAGCUCGCCGCCAUCUGGGUUUGGCGGAUGCCAGGAAUACGCUACCUGCCCCAAUGCAUAGUGCAAACUGUAAAGUUUGGUGGAGGAGGAAUAAUGGUCUGGGGCUUUUUUUCAUGGUUAAGGCUCCUUAGUUCCAGUGAAGGGGAAUCUUAACACUACAGCAUACUAGAUGAUUCUGUGCUUCCAACUUUGUGGCAACAGUUUGGAGAAGGCCCUUUCCUGUUUCAGCAUGACAAUGCCCCCGUGCACAAAGCGAGGUCCAUACAGAAAUGGGUUGUCGAGAUCGGUUUGGAAGAACUUGACUGGCCUGCACAGAGCCCUGAUCUCAACCCCUUCGAACACCUUUGGAAUGAAUUGGAACGCCGACUGCGAGCCAGUCCUAAUCGCCCAACAUUAGUGCCCGACUUCACUAAUGCUCUUGUGGCUGAAUGGGAGCAAGUCCCUGCAGCAAUGUUCCAACAUCUAGUGGAAAGCCUUCCCAGAAGAGUGGAUGCUGUUAUAGCAGCAAAGGUGGGGACCAACUCCAUAUUAAUGCACAUGAUUUUGGAAUGAGAUGUUCGACGAGCAGGUGUCCACAUACUUUUGGUCAUUUAGUGCAGGUGCUGCUUGUGCAUUGUAGUUCAAAAACGUUGAUAUUUGAUUCAAAAUUGAUAUUGUCCUGAUAAACCGUGAUUCACCCUGUGCUGAAUAAUCACAUUCCCAAAAUAGACACAGAGACACGAUGCAGUACACAGCAUUGUCCUGCAGAAGGCAUUACAGUUACAUUGUGAUGCCCGACAAAAUCUGUGCCACCCACUCAUUUUCGUAUCACUAAACCUCUCCCUUCUCCCCAGCCUGUCCUCAUAGUCAUGCUGUGUUAUAAAAGUCACAUAUCUGUAUCUGUAAUAGCCUCCAAACAGCAGGUAUUGAAAGGAAGUAGACGUACAGUAUAUAUUGUAUUAUAAACUGGGUGGUUCGAGCCCUGAAUGCUGAUUGGCUGGCAGCUGGGGUAUAUCAGACCGUAUACCACGGGUAUGACAAAACAUUUAUUUUUACUGCUCUAAUUACGUUGGUAAUCAGUUUAUAAUAGCAAUAAUGCACCGUGGGGGUUUGUGGUAUAUGGCCAAUAUUCCACACCUCCUCGUGCAUUAUUGCUUAAUUGUAAGCUAGACAGGAAGUUGUAUAUAGGAUUGUGUAAAAUGAUGUAUCAUGUUGCUCUUCUUGUCCCCAUUUCCUGUUCCUGCAUGACACUGUGACACAAAGGUCAUGUGUCAUGCCAACGUCACAUGACUGAUAUGUCGCGUCACGCACGUUUGCUGUCAUACUCGCUCUGUGUUUCACCACUGUUGCACCUCUUACAGGUUGUAUCACUGAAUAGACUGUGUAUUAAAAGUGUGUAUUGUGGAUUUUGCUCAUGUGUAUUAACAAACGUUUACACCAUUCCCUCACUCCUUUCUUCCUUUUUCCUCUUUCCCUUUUUCUUCCCUCCCUCCUCAUGUUUCAUGAACCUAUCUUUGACCUCUUUCUCUCUUUCUCUGUCCACUCCUCCACUGCAUCUCUCUAUCCUCCCCUCUGCUUCCUCCACUCCCUCACUUCCUUUUCACUUUCUCACUGCUACCUGGACUGCAUGCCACUACAGGAGGACAAAGUGGUUAGCAUCUUUUCUGUGCUCUCUACUGUACUGUGAAUAUAACCUAUGUGUCCCCUUGAAAAUCCCCCAAUGGCUGUUCCAAUCCAAAAACCUUGACCCCCUAGCCUCCUGCACUGUAGACUUCCCCUUUUAAGUGGACUGGAUUUGUGUGAGGGAUAUGGCAUAAACUACUGUAGUCCUAUGCCAAGCCUUUUUGCUGUUGGCAAGGUGGAGGUAUAUUCCUUUUGUUGCUCAAACCUAGCUCACACAAAUCCAAGAAGGGAGAGUCCACAAAGGCUGAAGGGAAGGGAGUAAGUUAUCGGAUUGGAACGCGGCCAAAGCGUACAAAUCCACCUAUGGAUUAAUGACUUAAACCGAACAGAAUGAUUCCCUGACAGUUCAGUUCAUGCUAGCUUUUCUCUAAUACUAAAAGGCUAGCCUUUAUCCUUGGACUUCCACAUGCAUACUGUAUCUGUCUGUAGUCCAGAUUCCAGACUCUGGGCUUUGGCAGAUACAGUCAUAGGGACCCUUUUGCCUUGAGUAGAAAUAAAUACAGUUAGAUACUAUCUCUAUCUAUCACUAUGGUAUUUUACCAUGGACUUCCCCAAGCAUAUCUGCCUGUAGUCCAGUCCACACUAAUAUGGACAUUGGUAAUGCAGUAC